AUGGGCGAUCGUGGUCGGCAUAUCAGACAGUUAAAACGGACGAUUCAGACGGAUCACUUCGGUUACCCCAUCGUUGUCGCUGGUCUUCCAUCACCGGAGGAUGAAGAUCUUCCAAGUGGAAUCUUCCAAGCUUGGGCAACCUGGCAGUAUCCUAGCCCUCGUGCUUCCUUCGGGUGGCAUGGCAUAUGCGAGCCGUUCAGCUGUAGCACCCUUUCGGUGCCUGGCUGCCAUGCCACACGAAGGAGGCACGAGGGCUGUGAUACUGUCACGUUGCCCAAGCCUAGACGGGGGAAUUCGAGAGACAGGUUGGGUUCGAACCACGGACCUUCCGGUCAUAUUGUAUCUCCGAAGAGUGGGGAUGACUCGGUAGCGUCCCUCGACCCGUUGGAACAAUAUCACAAGUUACCCGCCAUAAUAAAACGUCGUGUUCGAGCCCUUAAGAAGCUUCAAUAUGAAACCGUUAAAAUAGAUGUCAACUUCUUCAAAGAGCUAUUUGAGUUAGAAAUUAAGUACGACCUAGAACACCAGCGUAUCUUCGAACAACGACGAACCAUCGUCUCCGGUGAGAAGGAACCAGCGGAUGACGAAUGCGACUGGCCCUCGGACGAGGAGCUUGUUGAUGGUGAGGGGGAUGAAGUUGAAAAACUGUGUGAUGAAGUCAAUAAAAAGGCGGCGGUUUCCUCAGAGACUAACAAUGCUGAUUUGAAAGGCAUACCUGACUUCUGGCUGACAACUUUGAGGAACGUCCCUCUCCUGAAUGAGACUAUCCAAGAGCACGAUGUUCCCAUACUGCAACAUUUGAGCGACAUCAAGUGCAAGCUUCACCGAGACGAACCGGGUUUCACCCUUGAGUUCCACUUUUCUCCCAAUGAGUAUUUCACCAACAAAUUCUUGACCAAGCGGUAUUUCUUCAACUACGAAAUCUCAGCAGACGAACCUUUCAGCUACGAAGGCCCGGAAAUAGUUCGUGCUAAAGGUUGUGUCAUCAACUGGAAUCCAGGGAAGAAUGUCACAGUCAAAGUAAUAAAAAAGGUUCAGAAAAAGAAGGGAAGUGGCGCAAAAAGGACCAUAACGAAAAACGUCCAGGAAGAUUCUUUCUUCAACUUUUUUGAACCUCCUGAAGAGACGUUGUCCGAGGAUUUGGAUGACGAUAUUCAAAUGCUUCUCGAGAGUGAUUUUAAACUAGGUCAAUUCCUCCGGGACACAAUCAUCCCCAAAGCAGUUUUAUUCUUUACGGGAGAAGAAAUUGCCGACGAGUCGGACGAAGAGGAUGACGAUGAAGACGAAGAUGAGGAUGAGGACGAUGAUGACGAAUCCGUGGAGGAAGAUGAACACCAUCAACGGCAUCACCACGGGCGUCAUCAUCACCGACACGCUGGCAGCCAUAAGAAACAUGCUGGAGAAAACACUGCUUCAGAGCAACCGGAAUGCAAACAACAGUAAAUCAAAACAUGAAAUUUCGUCCGCCUCUUUUUCAGAAAGGUGGCGCAUGUGUCAGCAUGUUGAUCCGAACGUUUAAUUCGACAUCAACGCAUUUUGUACCACCCCCCACCCCAUUGGGUGGGAAUUUUUAACCGAUGUCCGCUGUCUGUUUAUUGACUCUUGAGUGUUCCAAGCAGAGUACCUCAAUGUUUGAUCGACCAUCUGAU